AAAGUGAAAGAGAGGUGGGGCGGGGGUGAGGCCUGUAUUCUUUGGCCCCUUUGCCCUAUGGCCUUGGGCAAGCUCCUUCCCCCAGGCCUCAGUUGCAUUUACUGUUUAGGGGAUCGGGUGAGGUGAUCCCCCAAGGUCGGAAGGGGUGGGCAUUUGCAGCUGCCGCCGUGGCUGCAUCUGGAACUUCUCAGACGGCUCUCGUCAGCUCCCUAGCCUUACCAAAUCCAGCCUGCGGGCUCCUCCUCCAACAACUUCCCCCAGCUCCCGCCCCCGAAAACCUGCGCUCCUGGAAAGGCACGGCGUCCCCUGCGUCCGAGCGCCUUCUCGGGGGCUCAGUGUCCCCAGGCUCCCCCAACACUGAGCGGAGCAUCUCCCUGCUCACUUGGUGAAGCGACCCUAGGAUGCAGCACCGAGGCUUCCUCCUCCUCGCCCUCCUCACCCUGCUGGCGCUCACCACCGCGGUGGCCAAAAAGAAAGACAAAGUGAAGAAGGGCGGCCCGGGGAACGAGUGCGCGGAGUGGACCUGGGGGCCCUGCACCCCCAGCAGCAAGGACUGCGGCGUGGGUUUCCGCGAGGGUACCUGUGGGGCCCAGACCCAGCGCGUCCGGUGCAGGGUGCCCUGCAACUGGAAGAAGGAGUUUGGAGCCGACUGCAAGUACAAGUUUGAGAGCUGGGGAGCGUGUGAUGGGGGCACAGGCACGAAGGCCCGCCAAGGCACCCUGAAGAAGGCGCGGUACAAUGCCCAGUGCCAGGAGACCAUCCGCGUGACCAAGCCUUGCACCCCCAAGACCAAAGCCAAGGCCAAAGCCAAGAAAGGGAAGGGAAAGGACUAGCGGCCAGGUCUGGAUGCCAAGGAGCCCGGGGCCCGUGCCCUCCCUCCCACGGGGCCAAGAUCGAACCUACCAGUGCCUUUUGUCUACUCAUUAGCUUUAUCAAUCAUACCCUGCUUCUUCCCUUUCACUUCUCCACCCCCAAGUGUCCCAAAUGGGGAGGAACAAGGGACUGUGGACCACUUGAGCCUCCUGCCCCAGAGGGAUGUGAUUCCCGGUACCCCCUUUUGUCCUUCCCCACAAAGAUGCCAUUACUAAGAAACAAAUAAACCGUUGUGUUUUUUCCCCCCAAUAAAAGCUUUUC